AUGGCGACGCCGCCAUUGGAUCAUUACAAGGACAUCGAUGCACAAAUAGAUCAGCUCCUGCAGUGCAAACCGCUGUCGGAGGCGGAGGUCCAGGCUCUGUGCGUGAAGGCUCAGGGAAUUUUCGUCGAGGAGUCCAACGUCCAGCCCGUGAAAUGCCCCGUGACGGUUUGCGGCGACAUUCAUGGCCAGUUCCAGGACCUGGUGGAGCUGUUCCGGAUCGGUGGGAACUGCCCAGACACUAACUACCUCUUCAUGGGCGACUAUGUGGACCGCGGCUAUCACUCUGUGGAGACGGCCUCGCUCCUAGUCGCACUUAAGGUGCGGUACAGGGACCGGAUCACCAUCCUGCGCGGCAACCACGAGAGCAGGCAGAUCACCCAGGUCUACGGCUUCUACGACGAGUGCCUGCGAAAGUAUGGCACUGCCAACGUCUGGAAGUACUUCACCGACCUCUUUGACUACCUUCCCCUGACUGCGCUCGUGGAGAACCAGAUUUUCUGCCUCCAUGGUGGGCUGAGCCCCACCCUGGACACCCUGGACCACAUCCGCGGCCUGGACCGGGUGCAGGAAGUCCCCCACGAGGGGCCCAUGUGCGACCUGCUCUGGUCCGACCCCGACGACCGGUGCGGGUGGGGCAUCUCGCCGCGCGGCGCAGGGUACACCUUUGGCCAGGACAUCAGUGAGCACUUCAACCAGGCCAAUGGACUGAGCCUGGUGGCACGCGCUCAUCAGCUCGUGAUGGAGGGGUACAACUGGUGCCACGAUCAAAACGUGGUCACGAUCUUCUCGGCGCCGAACUACUGCUACAGGUGCGGCAACAUGGCGGCAAUCAUGGAGGUGGACGAGACCAUGGUGAAAACCUUCUCGCAGUUUGACCCUGCACCACGGCGAGGCGAGCCGGAGGUCACUCGUCGCACGCCCGAUUACUUCUUGUGA